AUGGUAAAGACACAAAAUUUUGUGGAGGGAGAUAGUACCUUAGCAACAAAAGCCGUUUGGGAUGAUAAGCUGACGUUGAUAUUUUGUGAGCUUUGCGUGAAUAAAGUCAAUGCUGGUAAUAGACCGACAACUCAUCUAAACUCAAAAGGAUGGGAAAAUGUGGAAAAUCCUGAUUUUAAUGGAUUUAAGAAGAAAGGAAUUGAACCACGAUUGAAUGAGUUAAUGUGGCAAAUGUUUGGUGGCAUUGUAGCCACUAGAGAGAACGCAUGGGCACCUUCGUCUGGUGUUCUUCCAAGUGGGGUUCCUAUGGGAGAUGAUGCACCUAAUGAGGGAUUUGGUGAUUCAGAUGAACAUAGUAACGAGAAUGAAGGUAUUCCUCCUAAUGAGAUUGAGAAAUUGUGUGAGAGUAUGGCUAGUCCAAGGAAGUCAGUGAAUGAAAUUAUUUUUCCUCACUCUCAAUAUACUAUUUCAAAUGCAAUGGAUGCUUUGCGUGCUUUGGGAGAUGAAAUUCCAAAAAAAGAUGAACCGUACUAUUUUGCCACCAAAAUGCUCCAAAUACCGGUGAAACGAGAAGUGUUUUUGAACUUAAAUCCAGAUGAUAGGGUUUGGUGGCUUCGACAUGAGUAUGCUGAACAAAAUCCAAUUGCAUCAUUUUUAUCCUUGGUAGCAACAUCCUUAUUUCCCUUCCAACCAUACCAUCAACCACCUCCACCAUAA